GACGGAGCCCCUGGACUGCCAGGUUCCCGACCAGGGAGGAGGAGGAGGAAGAGAACUCCAUCUGCUGGGUCCUGAGCGUGGCCUGGGGGACUGGCCAUUGUCCCAGAAUGCCCCUGCCGGAGCCCAGGCAAGAGGGCGAGAGUGUGAAGGCUGGCCAGGAGCCGUCCCCGGAGUCCCCUGAGCCAGGCACAGAUGUCGUCCCCGCAGCCCCCACGAAGCCCAAAGAGUUCUCUAAACUGGUCCUGCUGACGGUCUCCACGGAGAACGUUGAUGGGGUGGACUCCCAGCCCAAAGGAGGGCACUGUGUCGUGUCCCUGGAGAUGUCUGGUCCUGACGCACUGGCCAGGACCCCCCAGAUCCUGCCAGUGGAGGAGCAAGUGGGGGCAGUCCAGCCAACCCCCCGGGAGCCUGAGCAGAAGCGCAACAAGCCAGACACAACAGCCCCCAAGCCCCUGGAGUUCCUUAGGACCCCUUUUGGGGGCCGCCUCCUGGUUCUCGAGUGCUUCCUGUACAAGCAGGAGAAGGCCGUGGGGGACAAGGUCUACUGGAAGUGCCGUGAGCACUGUGAGCUGGGCUGCCGGGGCCGGGCCAUCACCCGAGGCCCACGGGCCACAGUGAUGCGGGGCCACUGCCACCCUCCCGACGAGGAGGGCCUGGAGGUGCGGCGCCGGAGACAGAAGCUGCCCAGUCCAGCCCUGCCUGAAGGCUUGGGGGGUCCAGAGGGCCCUGGGGGCCGAGUGGAGGAGCCGCUGGAAGGGGUGGGCCCGUGGCUGUGCCCUGAGGAGCCGGAGCCCACCCCUGGGUUGGUGCUGAGCAAGCCCGCCGCAGAAGAGGAUGAGGGACUGCGAGCCCUGUCACUGCUGAGCUUGCCCCCCAAGAAACGCCCGACACUGGGGAUUGGAGAACCCCGGCCUUUGGAAUUCCUGAGGACGUGCUACGGGGGCCGCUUCCUGGUGCACCAGUCCUUCCUGUACAAGCGGGAGAAGGCGGUGGGGGACAAGGUGUACUGGACGUGCCGGGACCAUGCACUGCACGGCUGCCGCAGCAGGGCCAUCACGCAGGGCCAGCGGGUGACCGUGAUGCGGGGCCACUGCCACCCGCCCGAUGUGGAGGGCCUGGAAGCCCGGCGGCAGCAGGAGAAGGCCAUGGAGACACUGCAGGCCAGGCCUGGCGGGCCCAGGGGCCAAGCUGACAAGCUGCUCCAAGGCGUGGACAGUCUGCUCUACCGCAGGGGGCCCGGGGCCCUGACUCUCACUAGAGCCCGGCCUAGAAAGCGCAGGAAAGUCCUCCCGGCCCCGCCCCAAGCCCUGCAGGGAUCCCCCGCUGAGAACCAGGACGAGGAGGACCCAGGAGGCCCUGAGUUCCUGAGGACCCCUCUGGGGGGCAGCUUUCUGGUGUACGAGUCCUUCCUCUACAGGCGGGAGAAGGCGGCCGGGGAGAAGGUGUACUGGACGUGCCGGGACCAGGCCCGCAUGGGCUGCCGCAGCAGGGCCAUCACGCAGGGCCAGCGGGUGACCGUGAUGCGUGGCCACUGCCACCCGCCUGACCUGGGGGGCCUGGAGGCCCUGAGGCAGCGGGAGAAACGCCCAGGUGCGGCUCAGCGGGGGAGCCCAGGAGGCCCUGAGUUCCUGAGGACCCCUCUGGGGGGCAGCUUUCUGGUGUACGAGUCCUUCCUCUACAGACGGGAGAAGGCGGCCGGGGAGAAGGUGUACUGGACGUGCCGGGACCAGGCCCGCAUGGGCUGCCGCAGCAGGGCCAUCACACAGGGCCAGCGGGUGAUGGUGAUGCGCAGACACUGCCACCCGCCCGACCUGGGGGGCCUGGAGGCCCUGAGGCAGCGGGAGCAGCUCCCCAGCCCAGCCCAGAGGGAAGGCUCAGGAACCCUCCGGCCUCUGGAGUUCCUGAGGACUUCCCUCGGGGGCAGGUUCCUGGUGUACGAGUCCUUCCUCUACAGGAAGGAGAAGGCGGCCGGAGAGAAGGUGUACUGGAUGUGCCGGGAUCAGGCCCGGUUGGGCUGCCGCAGCCGGGCCAUCACGCAGGGCCAGCUGGUGACGGUGAUGCGUAGCCAUUGCCACCUGCCUGACCUGGCGGGCCUGGAGGCCCUGAGGCAGCGGGAGCGGCUCCCCAGCGUGGUCCAGCAGGAGGACCCAGAAAAGAUGAAACUUCCGCCGGAAGCGCAGCCGUGCGUCCAGCCCGAGUGUCCGGCCGGCCGGCAGGAAGGUGGAAGGUACAAAACAGGACAGUGAGUCCCAGUGAGGCCAACCUCCUCCCAACUCGAGCGGAUGGACCCUGUGCAUUGCCAGCGUCAAGGACACUCCAAGUGCACCCGGGCCCCUGGCCUUUCCUACCCGGUUAGAUCUUGCUUCACAAAAACUCUCUUCCACUCUUCCAAAGUACUGGUGGCCUUCACGUUUCCUCAAGGGUCCCCCAGGAGCCAUACUUUGAUGAUGUCUCCGAGCGGGCAAACAAGAAUGCCAGGAGCUGGCGGCCUGCAGGUGUGUGUGACCUGGGGCAAGGUCCUGGCCCAUGAAAGAGCGGAAGCAGCAUCUUUCCACAAAGACGACUCUUCUCUGCUGGGCUGCUCCGAGCCACAAACACCCGUCCGUUUUCAGAGUAUGUGACUUUGCCGAGGAUGGUCCAGUCUGGCGUGGGCACAUUUGGAGAAGUUUCUGCUGCUUCCUGCUGAGCUGCCCUGCAGAGCUCCAGCCUCCCCACGGGUUUUCCAGACAGGUGCAAGGUGGUCCUUUGUGCCCGUUGGCCACGUGUGGCUGGGCUGCAGCCAUCCCUCGUGGUAGCAGACAGGCCAAAGCAGAGGCCUCACUACACGCUCUGUCGGAGUUUCUCUCUUUGCUGUCCUCCCACUUAAACCCAGGGUCUGCAGUCCCCAUAGCAGGUGUCAUUCCUGGCAGCGGGAGCCAGCCCGGAUGUCCAUGGGAAGCCGGCCUCGGACAGACCCUACUGGCCCACGAUGUCUGGGUCCUGGAUCGCCCACAUUUGUCUGACGCAGGAGGAGAGGCAGGCCUGGAUGGCAGUGGAGGCCCAUCCCUUCUCCCAUCUGGUAGCGUUGCAGACGGCUGGCCUAGCAGGUCCGAGGAGAAGCAGGCUGACCUCAGCCAGGAGCUCCAGAGGCAGCUGCUUGCUAACUGGGCCACAGCCUCGACAGCGAGCUUCUUGCGUUCAUGCUGUAAUCCGUGCUGUAAUUGCAGAGGGAGUGCACGCCGCAGGCCCCCUCUCUCCUGCCAAGCUGGCCAUGGAGCCUGCUGUCCGGCUAUGGGACAGCGACAGCUUGGGACCCCACUGUCCCUCUGCUUAUAGAUUUCCCACCAAUAAACCCUGUUUUCUA